AUGGAGUUGGCUUUACUAGUUUGCCUGCUCUCUUUCCAAUUUCAAUCGCCUUUUGGUUUCCCUGCCAGAAACAUUUCUCUCAAGUGCAUGCGGGACACUGCCCAAUUCCUCGCUGAUCUGAAUUCAGCAAAGCCGGAGGAAUACGCGCUGAGAAUGUACGACUCAGUGGGGAAGAUUGGGAGCAACGUUCUUAAUGGAAACGUGGACAGGCUGGGGUCCUACAGUGAGUGCCUCUCCACCCAUGCCUCUGCGGGCAACUUCCAAGGCCAGUACUGCAAGCUCCACAUCCUGCAGGAUGGAGCCGAGUACAGCGUGGGCCUGUGUGUCCCUGACUCCUGUGCUGAAGCGGAUGUAACGAUGAUGUCACGGCUGGGUAUUUUGAGAUUCAGAAACACUUCAUUUCUGGCUCCUUCCCUCUCUCUGUUUGCAAUGAAUUCUUCCUCCUUUCCUGGCUGGGGAGUGGCCAGAUGUGCUGCUGGAAAGUUCUCCAUGGAUGCAUUUGCUGCCAUAUGUCUGUUCAUUGUGUUGUUGGGCCUCACCCUCCCUUUGGCUGGGACCAUCUAUGUGGCAGCCAGGGCAUGGGGAUCAGUCCCUGGGACAUUGGCAAGGUGUGCAGCCCUUUCUACCACCUACGGGAGUCUGCCUUGGAGAGAGACAGACAGCGAUGAGCAAAGAAAUGAAAUUGGACCAACAGACGGGCUGUCCCCUCUCUCAUCGCCAGGAGCCCCAAGCAGAGGAAAAAGGUUUCUAGGAGUGGUGAGCCAUGCUCUGCAGUGCUUCUCUUGGCAGAAGAAUGCGCCAGCCAUCUGGGCUGCAAAAAUGCCAGGAGGCACCUGCCCGGUCCUGAAUGGCCUCCGCGUCUUCAGUCUGCUCUGGAUCAUUUCGGGACACACCAGCCAGAUGACGGCGUGGCUGUCUCUGGAUAAUGUGCUUGAAUGGAAAACCAAGGUGCUUAAAAACCCGCUGUACCUGUGCUCUCGAAGUGGCCCCUUCUAUCUCGGGGUUGACACAUUUUUCCUGAUCAGUGGUUGGUUAAGCGCAAGGUCAUUUCAAAAGAUGCAUGAGAAUGAAGGAAUAACACCCAAGGUUAUAUGCAGAUACCUGCUCAAUCGCCUUCUAAGGCUGCAGCCUCUUCAUAUCUACUCCGUGUGCCUGUUGGUUGCACUGUUCGCUCUUGUACCCUGGGGACCUGUCUGGGAAGUGCCCAAAUUCCACUGGGAUAACUGCCGGCAAGCUUGGUGGACAAACCUGCUGUUGCUAAACAACUUCCUGUCGGUGCAGACCGCGUGCGGUGGCUGGACAUGGUACCUGGCCACGGACUUCCAGUUUCACCUCGUGACGCCAGCCAUCAUCUUCCUCCAUGGAAAGAGUAGACGUGCCCUCGUCCUCCUCGGCACCGUGCUGUUCUUAGCAUCUUUCGCAGCCAGUGGCCUGCUCACCUUGGCUCAUAAACUCCCAGUGGCGUCGCCAUCGGCCGCCAGUGACACUGUAUCGGCGCUGUACUUCUCAGAGUAUUACACCAAGCCCUACUGCCGCAUGGGGCCAUUCCUCGUGGGUCUCUUUCUGGGCAUUUUCAUGCACCAAAAUCAUGGUUCAAACCUUCUCCAGACCAAGGCGCAGGCCCUGCUGGGCUGGACUUGCUCUCUGCUGACUCUGUUUGUCGUGGUCGCCCUGGCGUAUGCACUGGAUGACACCCCCGCUGUCCCUUCGGUGGCCACUGCUCUCUACCAGGCCUUCCACCGGACCCUGUGGGCGGCAGCCGUGGCCUGGGUCAUUUUUGCCUGCCAAGAAGGCUAUGGAGGUCUGGUGAACCUGCUGCUUUCCUGGAGCGCCUGGAGUUUCCUGGCCAGCAUCAGCUAUGCCUGCUACCUGGUGCAUCCGAUUGUAAUCCUGCUCUACAACGGCCUCCAGGAAACACUCCUUCAUUACACCGACACCAACAUGUUGUACCUUUUCUGGGGACACUGUGUGCUGACCCUCCUCGCGGGGCUCGUCCUAACGCUGUCCAUUGAGAAGCCAUUUCAGCGGCUGAUGCGGUGUCUGUGA